AUGGCCACCAUCGAGCCAUGGCUCACAAACCUCCUCAACAAACCCCGGAGUCCUGAUCUCCCUCCGAUACAGACCGCAUCCGCCGCCGCAGCGAACCAGCCGAUUUCCCUCCCCCCGCUUGGACCCGAAUUCGCCAGCAGCACCCACCGGCCUGAGAGGCCUGCUCCGGUCCAGGGGCAGAUUGCCCCGCUCUCCACGCUCGACGAUGGCGGCCAUCAUGGGAAACCGCACGCUAGGCCGGAGGAGUCGUUCGCCCUGCACACCGCGUCGAUCCGACCCCUCCAGCUUUUGCUCCGCGAACCCGAUCAAGGUCCGCCGGCUAUCCCGCUGCGGAGCCUUGUCACCGAUGCGCCGGGGAGCCCUGAUGAUACCUCCACCAAAAAGCGCCAUCGGGCCUUUACCACCAAGGAAGAUUUUGUCCAGCUACCGAAACUCCCAAAGAAGCAGAAGUCGGCGCAGCAAGUAGUACCUCCGAUCAUCGCCGGCCUCCACGAGCCUCCUCCCAAUGCCGGCGUGUUCCCUCCCAUCACCUCGACGUCCUUUGACAACGAUGAGAACUUUAGUUUGGCCCCGUGGAAGGAUACUGGAAGUGCUCAAGACGACCGCCCGGUGUUGCUUCCUGCGUUGGACAUCGAACCGAAUGAACCUUCCAGACCGAAGCGGCGCCCCAUGAAACCCCGAAGAAAAUGGACGGAAGAGGAAACAAACAAUCUUCUUUUGGGGGUGAGUCGGCAUGGGGUGGGGCGGUGGACGACCAUCCUAGAGGAUCCUGCCUUUCACUUCAACUGCCGCACUGCUGGCGAUUUGAAGGACCGUUUCCGGACAUGCUGCCCCAAAGAGUUGCGGCUGACUGCAGCUGAGGAACAAUACGCGGAUGAGGAACCGGGGCCGGUGGUGGCUGGUGACGGGGGCGUGAAGCAUAAAAUCGGUCUUCAGUUGGAGGAUAUUCUUCAGCCAAUUGGCGAUGAUAGUCAGGACAACGACGGCGUUUCCCCAUCUGCGACCGGCCAGGAUUCCGAUGCGGGGCCCAAAAAGAGGAAGCCGCGAGCACACCGCAGGAAAAUGGAAGACUUGGUUGAACUCGGUAUCCACGGCCCGUUUGAAAAGUCUCACAGGCGGAAACGCCGUCCUUUCACGAAACAAGACGACGAGGAGAUUCUGGACGGUCUCCACCAAUAUGGCCCCUCUUGGACGAGGAUCCAGCGAGACCCCAAAUACAACCUCUCUAGCCGGCAGCCCACGGACUUACGCGACCGCGUCCGGAAUAAAUACCCGGACGUAUACGCCAACAUCGAGAAGGCUAACAUGCUCAAAGAAGUCCCCCGUGGCAAGGCUAACCUCCUCGAGCCGUCCAUCAACAUGGCCACUGAGGGCACACGCAUCACAACUAUGCCUCCGCCGUUCGAACCCUCGUUAAACCGGUCCGGCUCUAGGGAGGAGAUGCUCGUGCGGCGGACGACCAACCCCAUAGCCUACGAGUCCGCCGAGUCUCUGCCCGCCCUUGCUGAGCUAUUCGACAUGAGCGAACCCCAUGGCCCACCGUCCCUUCUCACAAGUGCGCCGGAGAUGGAUAUCAGCCAUUUGUUGCUUGACGACUCCCAUACUAGUACCGAUCGUCGUCUCGGGCAUGGAAGUAAGAAGCACCAGAAGCGCCUCAGCGCGCCGUCGCACUGGCUUCUCGACAAAUUGUCGGGUGUCUAUGCCCCUCGCCCGUCGGCCGGUCCACACAAGCUCCGCGACUGCAUGCCCCUCAUCGUCUUCAUCCGCAACCGCCUCAAGUAUGCGCUCAACUACCGCGAGACGAAGGCCAUCCUGAUGCAGCGCCUCGUCAAGGUCGAUGGCAAGGUCCGCACCGACAGCACCUACCCCGCCGGUUUCAUGGACGUCAUCACGAUUGAGAAGACUGGCGAGAACUUCCGCCUUGUCUACGACACCAAGGGCCGCUUCACCGUCCACCGCAUCCAGGACGAGGAGGCCAAGUACAAGCUGGGCAAGGUCAAGCGUGUUCAGCUCGGCCGUGGUGGUGUGCCAUUCUUGGUUACGCAUGAUGCGAGAACCAUCCGCUACCCUGACCCGCUUGUCAAGGUCAACGACACCGUCAAGAUUGACCUUGAGACCGGCAAGAUCACCGACUUCAUCAAGUUCGACACUGGCUCCAUCGCCAUGGUCACCGGUGGUCGUAACAUGGGGCGUGUCGGUGUUAUCACCCACCGUGAGCGUCACGACGGUGGUUUCGGGAUUGUCCACCUGAAGGAUGCCAUUGACAACACCUUCACCACCCGUGAGAGCAACGUCUUCGUCAUCGGCAGCGAGAAGCCGUGGGUUUCCCUGCCCAAGGGCAAGGGUGUUAAGCUUACUAUCGCUGAGGAGCGUGACCGCAAGCGCGCCAGCACCCUGGCUGGCCACUAA